AUGCGAGUUAGAGCUAAGAAGAUGCGUGAAGCUUUAAAUGGCCUGAUUGAGCAGAUCUGGGUUGAAAACAACAUACAACAAGCAAAUCGAAGCUUGGAUGAUUAUCAAUCCAUGAUAAACAUCAUUCAGCCUAUGUUUUUGCUUCUGUAUAAAGAUGCUUAUUUCAACACUAACGAACUUAAUGAUUCUUUGCCUAGUGUUGUUAAAUCUCUUUUGCAGGACUUCAAGGAUGUGUUUCCAGAUGAUUUUCCUAAUGGUUUACCACCAGUAAGAGGAAUCGAGCAUCAAAUUGACUUCAUUCCUGGUGCAACAAUUCCAAACAGACUAGCAUAUCGAAGUAAUCCCAAUGAGACGAAAGAACUUCAAAGGCAGGUCGAAGAACUCAUGAAAAAGGGACAUGUGAGAGAAAGCAUAAGUCCAUGUGCAGUUCCAGUGCUACUUGUGCCUAAGAAGGAUGGGACUUGGCGUAUGUGCGUUGAUUGUCACGCGUUCAACAAAAUCACUGUAAAGUAUCGUCACCCUAUUCCUAGAUUAGAUGACAUGUUAGAUGAGUUGCAUGGUAUUGGCAUUGGUGCUGUUUUGAUGCAAGAGCGAGCUUUAGAGACAUGGCAGCAUUAUCUUUGGCCUAAGGAGUUCGUGAUACAUACUGAUCAUGAGUCGUUGAAGCACCUGAAGGGACAAGGUAAGUUGAAUAGACGACAUGCUAAGUGGGUGGAAUUCCUUGAGACGUUUCCCUAUGUGAUCAAGUAUAAGCAAGGAAAGGAAAACAUUGUGGCUGAUGAUUAUCUCGUAGAUUUUGCUAACGUGUUUAAUGCAUGUGAGAAGAUUGCUUUUGAUAAGUUUUAUAAGCUUGAAGGAGCUAAGAAGAUGCGUGAAGCUUUAAAUGGCCUUAUUGAGCAGAUCUGGGUUGAAAACAACAUACAACAAGCAAAUCGAAGUUUGGAUGAUUAUCAAGGCAUGAUAAACAUCAUUCAGGUUCAAGAGAAGCUUAAUUGAGGUCAUUUAUGCUAAAUUACAUAGUUUGCGUCAAUCUCGCAAUUCUGUUGCAAUUUGUAACAAACUGAUAUUUCAUGU